CGCCCAACAACAGGAGCUUACAGUCUUAGUGCCAUCAAUUCGAGCUAGUCCUUGCUCCGGUUCCCCGCUCCCGGUCGCUCUCUAAACCGGCGUUUCAACCUAGCAGGGAAGAGAACGGCAGCUGCGAGUUCAAACGACAUAAAAAUUAUAGCUUAAUAAGGCUGUUCAGAAGAAGAAGAAGAAGAUCCGUUGUGAACGCCUUUGCUGCUGUAAGUAUUUCAGGAAUUCAUCCUUCUCCCUCAGCGUCGGUCGCUUAACUUCCACCGCCCCUUUUAUCGACGUCUCCUGGGUGCCGGUUGUUUACUUCUUGAACUUCUAGCAUUUCUACAAUGUCGGGGUUGCUUAAUGCCAGCGAUAGGUUUAACAUCAACUCUCAGCUUGAACAUUUGCAAGCCAGAUAUGUGGGGACUGGGCAUGCAGAUUUGACCAGAUUUGAAUGGGCUGUCAACAUCCAGCGUGACAGCUAUGCUUCAUACGUCGGGCAUUACCCUAUCUUGGCAUAUUUUGCUGUUGCAGAGAAUGAAUCUAUUGGGAGGGAGCGUUACAACUUUAUGCAGAAAAUGCUUCUUCCUUGUGGUCCGCCUCCAGAAAGAGAAGAGGAUUAGAUCAAAGAAUUUAGAAGAUUUCUUGAUGGAUGUAAAACAGGUUCUUGAUGUUGUUAGACAGACUUUAUCACUUGCCUGCAAACUUGACAUAUAGUGUGAUAUCUCUUUCUUACUAUUUUGCCUACUCAAACAACCCUUUAAACUACUUGUGAUGUUCUUCUUCUUGCUUGAUUGAAAAUCUGAAUUGUCUGUU